CGGGACAGACAGCCACAGUGCUUGCGGAUGGACGGACGGACACUGGGGCGAGUGUGUCACGAACCGAAAGUCUAUUGGACCCCUGUCAAACUUAUUCAUAGAACGGGGUGUGUCUGGGCCAUAGAGUUUGCUUGCAACUGUUCUGUCACUCAAACUCAUGGCUGUCUCGUAAUUGGCAAGUUAUGGUGCCAUGUCCCGCCCCUCCUGGGUGGCAGUCGUGUAGAAAUGAUACAGUGGGAAGGCUUGGUCCUUCAAACGGAUCAACUCGAGGUGUACCUGACAGACGCACAGCGACUCGGAGAAUUGGACUUUAUAUAUGUAUAUAUAUAUAUACACUGUACUGUACUCUGAACGAGGGAAAAACAGCAGCGGAUUAAAAUGAAACGGAAUCACGAUUUUAGCUCAUCGGACAGCGAGCUGGACGAGAACAUUGAGGUUGAGAAGGAGAGUGCGGAUGAAAAUGGGAACGUCAUUUCACCCCUUGGGCCGAUGUCUCCGUCAACAAAAACUCAAGUGAAUGCGAGGAAGCGCCGUCGAGGAAUCAUUGAAAAACGGCGCCGCGACAGAAUCAACAACAGCCUCACCGAGCUGCGUAGACUGGUCCCCAGCGCGUUUGAGAAGCAGGGUUCAGCUAAACUGGAGAAAGCAGAGAUUCUGCAGAUGACGGUGGAACAUUUGAAGAUGCUUCAUGCUGCUGGAGGAAAAGGUUACUUUGAUGCUCGUGCUCUGGCCACGGACUACCGAGGUCUGGGUUUCAGGGAGUGUCUGGCUGAGACAGCCCGCUACCUGAGCAUCAUCGAGGGGCUGGACAGCGCUGACCCCCUGAGGAUCCGUCUGGUCUCCCACCUGAAUAGCUACACGUCCCAGAGAGAGGCCCUCACCAUCUCUGGGAUAGGGCACCUGGCCUGGGGCUCUGCCUUUGCGUCGCCCCCUUCCGCCCACCUGGCCCACCUUCUCCUCCGGCAGCAGCACCAUCAACAUCAGCAGGGGGCGACGUUACAGUUACCACGGAGCGCCUCCAACAGCCCUCCGUCAUCCUCCUCUUCUACUCCUUCAUCCUCCUCCUCUCCGAUUGAGAGAGCACCACGUUCCUCGCCCCAUGGCCAUGCUCCCAGCAGGCUUAGCGGUGCCAUCCCCCUCUCUGAGCACAGCCACUCCCAGGGGGGCCCUCGCCACGUCCCCCCCAGCGUUGCCCCCUUCCCCCCGGGACUGAACCUCACCGUGACCUCCUCAGCCACCGUGACCGCCAAGCUCUCUCCUCCCCUCUCUCUGUCCUCCCUCUCCACCCUGUCGGCAUUCCCCUUCCCCUUCAGUGCCUUCCCCCUGCUGUCCCCCAGCACCCUCAGCUCCCCUGCCUACACCCCCUCCAGCCAGGCCAGCUUGGGGAAGCAGCCCUACCGGCCCUGGGGCAUGGAGAUAGGGGCUUUCUGAACUAUCUUUAACCCCCCUCCACACAGACUAAACUGACCAUAUAGAUCAAUAGAGGUCUCACCAUCACUAUGAACUCAACUCAGUUCACCAGCUGAGAAGGACCUUUCCAAGACAAUGUUUUUCUAGACCUUUCCAUGGCCAAGACAAUGUUUUUCUAGACCUUUCCAUGGCCAAGACAAGAUUAUGUUUUUCUAGGCUCUUCCAUGGCCAAGACAAGAUGGAGUUUUUCUAUCUCACAUCCUAUAGAGGAUUUCUUAGAAAUUGUGUUUCAAAUCAGUUUGUUGGUCACACACAUAUUUUGCCGAUGUUAUCGUGGGUGUAGCAACAUGUUUGUGUUUCUAGCUCCAACAGUAAUAUCUAGCUAAAUGCUUGUGUUUCUAGCUCCAACAGUAAUACCUAGCUAAAUGCUUGUGUUUCUAGCUCCAACAGUAAUACCUAGCCAAAUG